AUGAAAUACCCUCCCACCACCUGGGAAGAAAUUCACAACGCUUACUGUGCCGAGGUGAGAGCAGAUGAAGACGACCUCAAUGGUCCAACUCAAUGGUUGAUGUCAGUCCAAAUGGAAUCAAGGAAAUAUCGUCAGAAUGACAGCCAAAGAGAUCACACAGGACCACUCCUCAAUCGGGAAAGGCACCAACCAUACAUUAGAGCAGCCAUCCCACUACCUCCCCGCCAAGUCGAAGGGGCGUCCAGGCCACAAACAGGGACUCACCGACACGAAAAAGGUAUGCCUCCACUUUUACAUGCUCACAAUUUUUGUGUUUCUCCUUUAGAAAUAGUUUACGCCCUAGAGAAGCUCGGUCCCAAGGUGAAAUGGCCACAAAAGAUGAAGUCGGACCCAAAUUCCAGAAAGUCUAAUGCCCUCUACGAGUUCUAUCAGGAACAUGGCCACAAGACCGAGGAUUGCAUAGCCCUACAACAAGAAGUAGUGAACAUGCUCCACCAAGGACAUUUAAAGGAGCUGAUGAGUGACCUAGGGAGAGCCAAUUUCGCCCGUGGACUAGAAAAAGAUCAAGGCCCCCCAAAGCCACCCUCUCCCGCCCCCACCAUCCAAAUGAUCAUCGGUAGAGGCGACGAAGGAACAAUCAACCAUGUGAAGUUCACCAACAUACACAAAUUGAAGCGGUUGAUCACCAAUGAACGAAUUUCAAUUACUGAUGUAAAAAGAAUCAUGGUAGACAAUGGGAGCGGCGCGUUUAUUAUCCACCCCAGAGUUCUAGCACAAAUGAGACUCGAGGAUAAGAUAGUACCACGCUGCAUAACACUAACAAGUUUUAACAAUGGAGUUGAACGAACGUCCAGAGAGAUAACAUUGCCCGUUCUGGCCAGGGGUGUCACCCUGGACACCAUAUUCCAUGUCAUGAACCAAGACACAACCUACAACGCCAUUAUAGGGUGA